ACCGACGAGGAAGUGCUUUACUUCCUGGUCUUCCAAAUGGAAACAGUUUUUGCUAAAGUAGCUUGAUAAAUCACACAUAUCAAUCUUCGUUUCACGGAAAUUGUACUUUUACAUCACUUUGAGUUUAGUUUUAAAGCAGACUGCUGAUUUUAAAAGCCAAUGUGGGCAAAGAAGUGCGUAUUUAGGGGAAUUCUGCAGUGUCUGCACUGCAGUGCCAAAACAAAAUAUUCUCGCGGCUAACGUUAGCUUCAGUUCUCGACUAAGCUAACUAUAACCUGUAAAUUAUCUUACUGCACAUUAUUCUGCGAUAACACUCACUAGUUCAGAUACUUUAUUUAAAGUUUGGACCACACAUCAGCAGAAUGCACCGAAGAGGAGUUGGUGCGGGAGCCAUCGCCAAAAAGAAGCUCGCAGAGGCCAAAUAUAAAGAAAGAGGAAAUGUUCUGGCUGAGGACCAAAUUGUCCAGAUGUCAAAGCAGCUGGAGACCUUUAAGUCCAACCUGGAGGAGUUUGCCAGCAAGCACAAACAAGAAAUCCGAAAGAACCCACAGUUCAGGGUUCAGUUUCAGGAGAUGUGUGCCACCAUUGGAGUCGACCCACUUGCCUCUGGCAAAGGUUUUUGGUCUGAGAUGCUUGGCGUAGGUGACUUCUAUUAUGAGCUCGGUGUACAGAUUGUUGAAGUGUGCCUGGCCCUGAAACACAGAAAUGGAGGGCUUAUUACUUUGGAUGAACUCCAUCAGAGAGUACUGAAAGGAAGAGGUAAAUACGCCCAGGAUGUGAGCCAAGAUGACUUGAUGAGGGCCAUAAAGAAACUGAAGGUGAUGGGGAACGGCUUCGGGAUGAUUCCUGUUGGAGGGUCUUAUUUGGUCCAGUCGGUCCCAGCAGAGCUCAACAUGGACCACACUGUCGUCCUGCAGCUGGCCGAGAAAAAGGGCUACGUCACAGUUAGUGAAAUCAAGGAAAGUCUAAAAUGGGAGAAGGAACGGGCUUGUCACGUUCUGGAUCACCUGCUGAAGGAAGGUUUAGCCUGGUUGGACUCUCAGGCUUCUGGAGAAGCUCAGUACUGGCUGCCAGCUCUCUUCUCCGAAAUCAUCUCCCGUGAUGUCACGCCAGAGGAGGCCAAUCAGAUGACGCCUUGAGAAAUGACCGCCAGCUGGUGGACAGCUUCAGAGACAUGUUGGUAAACAAAAUGUGCCUGGUGGGUGAGGCUCAUGUGAUGAAGUUGGCUGGGCGAAGAUCAAUUUCUGGACAAGAGGGGCGCUCUUUAACUUCUAUGCAAUGAAUGGAUUCACUUUAUAAGACACUGCUGCAUUUAAACUUCAGUGUUGCUGGUGUCACGGUUUAUGGAUGGUUACGGAUCAAUGUGCAGAACAUGUCAUUGUUUCUUGGGUUUUCUAUAAAGAACAACUUUUAAAAACCAGAUGCAUUUUUUCCAUUUGGUUUUUAUUACGUCAGCAGAAUAUUCAAAUGCGCUUUAUUAAAUUGAAUUGAUCCUUCAAAACAUUCACAUCGCUCAACCUCGCAUCAACAACUCAUUCUGCCAUACACCCUU